AUGGAAAAUAGUACUGGGACCACCCUUCAAGAAUUUGUUUUGCUUGGAUUUCAAUUUGAUCCCCAGAAGCAGUUCAUAUUCCUCAUCUUUUUUGCCAUUCUCUAUGUGCUCACUUUGGUGGAAAACAUCGCCAUUAUCAUACUGGUACUGAUAGAUGCUCACUUGUCCCAGCUUCCCAUGUACAUCCUGCUGAGCAACUUCUCCUGGGUGGAGAUGUGCUAUGUGACAGCAACUGUGCCCCGGAUGCUCUAUGACUUGGCUUCUUCUUGUGGUGUCAUCUCCUUCCAGGUCUGCUUAUUCCAGUUCUAUAUCUUAUUUUCUCUUGGCAGCACUGAAUUCUUCUUCCUUUCAGCCAUGGCUUUGGAUCGGUACCUGGCCAUCUGCCACCCACUGCAUUAUUCCCAAAUCAUGUCUCCAAAGUCCUGCUAUCUCCUGGUGGCAAUUUGUUGGAUCCUUGGCUUUCUGGGGUACAUCGUUCCAGUGACUUUGAUCUCCAAACUGAACUUCUGUGGACCCAACAUCAUUGACCAUUUUUUGUGUGAUCCUGGACCAAUUCUGUCCUUGGCUUGUCCUCCUCUUGGAAAUGUUCCUUUUAUCUGCCAAAUAGUAAUGCAUGCCAUAUUUUUCAGCAAUGUCAUAUUUGUUGUAGUUUCAUAUGGCAUUGUAAUUUUCACUCUGUUGAAAUCUUCCAACCAGGGGAGCCUUAAAAAGGCCUUCUCCACCAUAUCUAUGCACCUACUAGUGGUGACACUUUUCUAUGGCUCUGUCGGAGGGAUGUACCUAAUUCCUGGUGGAGAAAGCCAGGCAGAGCUCACUAAGGCAAUAACAGUCUUCUACACAGCCAUCACUCCCUUUGUCAACCCCUUGAUCUACUCUCUGAGGAAUGAUCAGGUGAAAAAGGCAUUGUGCAGGUUGUUGAGGAGAAAUAUGAGACUGAUAUUUAUGAGAGCCACAGUUUAA